AAUCCAAAAUCCAAACAAGUCCACUUUAUUUUCAAUUUUCAAAUUUGCCCCCCGCUUUGUUUUGUUUAGAUCCAUCCAACAUACUACUCCGACUGAGACACAGGCUGACAGGCGCCGAGCUUUGAAUCUCUUUUUCGAAAAACUUCCCUCACUCACGCCUGCAACAAUGCCGGGAACCGACGCAGACUUCGAUCUCAGGCCAUCCCCACAGUCCGCCUUCUCCAUCGGAGAUUACACGUUUGCCGAUGCCGGAAACUUGGAGCAAUGCUCCAAGUACUUGAACCAAACGCUCAUCACCUUCGGUUUUCCCGCUUCACUCGAUCUAUUUGCUUCCGAUCCUGUUUCCAUCGCGAGGACUUGCAAUUGCUUGUAUUCUCUAUUACAGCAGAGGCAACGGGAUAUUGAAUUUAGAGAGUCUGCAAAUGAACAACGACAAAGAUUGAUAUCGGAUAUAUCAAGAUUAGAAGCGAAAGUGGAGAGGCUUGAGUCACAAUUGGAAGCUAAAGAUAGAGAAAUAGCAACAAUUACAAGAACGGAAGCCAAAAAUACAGCAGCUUUUAAGGCGCAAAUUGAGAAGCUACAGCAGGAAAGGGAUGAAUUUCAGAGGAUGGUGAUUGGUAAUCAGCAAGUGAGAACCCAGCAAGUACAUGAAAUGAAGAAAAAAGAAAAGGAGUACAUAAAAUUGCAGGAGAAGCUUAACCAAGUUCUAAUAGAGAAGAAGAAGGAAUCGAGAUCAGGAAUGGAGAUAAUGAAUUUGCUUCAGAAAGAAGGGCGACAACGUGGGACUUGGAAUGGGAAGAAGGCUGACAAUGAUUUCUAUAAAAAGAUUGUGGAUGCUUAUGAGGCGAAAAAUCAAGAAUUAAUGGCUGAGAAUGCUGACCUAAGAGCAUUAUUGAGGUCAAUGCAGGUUGAUAUGCGUGAUUUUCUAAACGCCCCUAAUGGAUUGCCCAAGCAAUCUUUGGAUGUGAAUGAAAGACUUGAAACUGAUGCCUCACAAUCACCAUUUGGUGGGAAGACGGAUGUAUUUGACCUGCCAUUUCACAUAGCUAGAGAUCAAAUAGAAGAGAGUCUCCGAACUAAGAUGGCUUCAAUAAAGGAGCGCAUGGUUCAGUUACAAGAUGCACAAAAGGGUGCUGAAGUCACUUCUGAAGCAACAGAGAGGGAGCUAGAGCUUGAAGCUCAACUUGUUGAGGCAAGGAGCAUAAUCCAGGAGCAGGCAUCCAUAAUGUCUAAACAUCUUGCUAAGGCUGAGAGACCAAGGGAAUCUAUUAUUUCAUCACCAACUGAGUGAGUAUAAAAUCCAAACGGCAAUCUCUGAGAAGUUCGUAUCAAGACCAAAUUGCAGUUGUGCGAAGGUGGGUCUGAACCAUUUUGCCCUAACCCAAGCAAGCGUACGGUUCACUGGUAUGUGAUGGAUGUCGUAAUAUAUCUGUAGCGUAAAUGUAAGUUGCUUCUAGCUAGUGAUAUUUGUGUAAUUAGUGCCUAUCAAUCCUUGAAUGGCAUUGUAUGCUUAUAAUUGAAUUUACUCAAAAUUUGUUGACCGAUUAAUCUAUGGUA